CUCAUCUUUCUCUCUGGUAUUAUUCUUUGUUCCUCUCUUUCAAAAUAAACAGGAGUUUGUAUUGAAAAAUUUUCAAUCGAAUGACUUGGAUUAAAUGCGAUUGAUGGAUACAAAUUUGUCGCUUUAUCUAGUUUUUUUAUCAAUGUAGUGAAAAAACGAAGGAGAAAACAUAUGUGCAGAAAAUAUAAAACCUUGUGUUUUCAUGUUUGCGCGAGGUUAACAUGUAACCACCAGUGUUGUGUAUAAAAACGAUUCUUUUUUAUAUAUGCAAUUGUACAGGAUGAAUUUUGUAUUAGAACGACUGCACAAUACAGAUAAAACGCGCAUUGUCUUGGAUGUGCAUAAUCAUUCUUAUCCUUGUGGUAGAGGCAGAGAAAAUGAGAUCAUUUGCCUUAGUUUACUCAUAUCCCGUAAACAUUGCAUAUUUGUUCGUGACGCUAAUGAUUUAUAUAUCACAGAUUAUGGUAGUGGAAAUGGUGUUUAUGUUAAUGGGCAAAAACAACAACCUUUUUAUAUGGUUAAACUAAAGAAGGAUGAUAUUAUUGGACUUGGUUGUGGAAACAUUAAUCCAGAUAAUGAUACAUUGUAUACUUACAAAGUUUGCACAAUUAAGUUAUCCUCUGAUACAGAAGAAAUUCAUAACACGGAAAAAAGUAUUUUGUCAACCACAGUUAUAAAUAAUAAUACACCAGCAACAUCUACUACUCCUACAGAACGUAUUGUAGGAAAAAAGUAUGGAAUUAAUACAGAUAAUACAGAUACUGAUGUGAAUACUGAAGUACCUAAAAAAAAAUUAAAAAUCAUAGAUAGAAGUAAACAUAGUUCUACAAUUACUUCAUCAAAAGACAAUAAUAAUUCUAAUGUUUCUUGUAAUAAACAAAAUUUAGCCAGUAGCAGUGCUACAAAUAAUUCCAUAGAAGAUCAAUUUUAUAUUGUGGAUGUUGAGACAGAAAUGGGUGUAGAGAUAAAAGUGGAUGUAGAGGCAGAAGUGGGUAUAGAGACAAAAGUGGAUGUAGAGGCAGAAGUGGAUGUAGAGGAAGAAGUGGAUGUAGAGGAAGAAGUGAAUGUAGAGACAGAAGAUGACAUUGAAAUAAUUCAUACAUCUAUAGAAAAAAAAAUAAAGAAUGAAGAUAAUUGUAAAUCUGCAAAAUAUUUGGACAGCAAUAAUAAAUUGAAUUGCAAUAAACAAAUGGAUAGCAUUAUUGAUGAGAAUAAUAAGGAUGAUAGUAAUGAUAGUAAUAAAAACAUAAACAAAAUAGAUGAAACAGAAAAGUUAAAUAGCACUGAUAAAACAAAUGGAACAAUAAAUCUCCCGAAGAAUUUAAACGUUGUACAGUCCGAAGACCAAAUCAUUAUAUUGGAAAAUCAAAACACAGAUAAUGAAGAAGAAUCUAUAAAAUCUAUUAAUAUGACUUGUGACACAUCAUUGAUUAAAUUGAAGAAAAUAAAACAAGAACCAAAGACGCGAUUUUCAGAGAUUGAUGUUAUUGAUUUGAGUGAUGACGAAGAAGGAAUAUUUCCACUUUCCCAAUUAUUUGAUAUCAAAUAUGAAGAUAAUACAGAGCACGAAACAGAAAUUAAACAGGAAUAUAUCAACAAUGAUGAUCAAAACAUUGAAAAAAUUGGCCUGAAUGUGGAUGAUGAAGUCAUCUUUUUAUCGGACAGUGAAGAUGAGGAUAAUCCAUGGUUGGAACGAUUAUCUAGAAGUCAACUAAUUAACGAGGACAAAAUAUCUGAUUUUAAUAAUGCAGUUGUAAAAGACGAAAUCGAUUUAGGAAUUUGGGACGAAGAUGAUAUCUUAAGUAUAAGUGCAGAUGAAGACGGCAAUUCGAAGAAAUCAGAAAAUGAUAACAAUAGUAACUUAUUGACGACAAAACUGGAAGCGGUAGAUAUAAGUGAUGUCGGUUCUUCUAACGAGCCUAGUUCAAAAAAUACUGAUGAUGUAAAUAAAAACAACAAAGAAAAAAUAAACGAUGAUGCAGAGUUAAAUAAAGAAUUAGAUAAAGAUAAAGAAACAUUGCAUAUAAAAAGUACAAUACAAAAGCCAGCUAUAAAAAAGUCAGUCACAACAUCAAAACGAUUAAUAGAAGUAAUAGAACCAUUAAAUUUACCUAUAAAAAGAAAUCGAGCCGAUUAUAAUAAAGACAAAAUACAAAAAGAAAAAUCCUCGAAAUUAAAGAAAAAAAAGAUGUCGGAAUUGAAAAAAAAUGUUAAUGAUAAUUUCUAUAAUAAAAAACAGGAGCAUUGUGAAAAAACGCUUAAAUCGACAACUGAUUGCCAUUCACCAAACGAAGCGAAAGCUAUUUCUAAGGAUGAAAAAAAGAUGAUAAUCGAAAAGAGAAAAAUAAAAUUGAAAGAGAUUGCUGAAGAAAAGAAGAAAUUAUCCACCAAGAGUGAUCAGAAUAUUAAGCGCAGAACUGCUACAGCGAUAGCUAAAGUAUCAUUGAAAAAUCGAAAUGAUUUUCUCACUGAGGAUUUUCUCGUUGAGGAAAAGUCCUCAUCUAAAUUACUUCAAGAUAAGUCCAUAAACCUACCAAAACCGAAUAAUGAUCAGUUUAAAGAACGAUUAACGAAUAAAGCUGAUAUGCUGAAGAAACCUUCAACUUCUCACAUAGAAAUGCAGAAAUUACAUCAGAAAGGUGAUGUUUCUAAGGAUCCAAUAAAUGAUAUUGUUACAUCAUUAGAACAGUCAUUGAAAUUGGAUAAUAUGAAAGUACCUACAAAUAACAAAGAGGAUUCUAUAAUGACAAAUGACAGAGAAAGCAGGAGCACAGGACUGAAAAAAAGGAAGAAGCGUCUAUCCAAACAACUAGAUAAAUCAACUGAAAAUGAUCUCACUGCACAGAAAGAAACUUUCUCACCGAACAAUUUGAAAUCGAGUUUGAAAUCGAAAUUGAAAGUAUUAAAAGAAAAGAAGAAAGUGACUUUUGCUAACAAACCAGAAAUAAGAGAAUACGAAAUUGAUCAGUAUAAUUCUCUAAGAAGAUUAGUUGGGAAAGAUGCACCUAUACCUGUAAAUAAAUUAAAAACACCUACGACCAGUGCAGAAUAUAGCCCAAAAUUGGAAGAAUUUUUACUAUGCAUAUUCAAGUGGAAUCCAAUAUGGCUCGAGGAACAGCGACAUCUCAAGACCGAACCGCCAAUUGUACCACACUAUGAACUUCAAAAUAUGAAGUUAAACUAUGAUUCUUAUAAACAGUAUUACAACAUCGCGAUGCCUCUCCUCUUACUCGAGACAUGGUACACUGUGACCAAAGAGUUUGAAACGAUUGAAAAGAAUAAACAACGUUGUCCUAUGAUGUGUUUUGUAAUUGAAAAUUCUACAUGUACUUCCAUACCAUCAACUAAUUUAUUCUUGACAACUCUAAAACUUGAAGUGUUAGUUCGAAAAGAGGAUCUCAUUAAGCAAGCACAUCCCAUUUAUGGGGAUCUAGUAUGCUUCGAGUAUGUCGCGACUGCACAUGGAAAGCAAAUCUUUAACAGGAUAUUUGCCUACGUCACCAACAUGUAUCAAACGAUUAUCACGGAUUUCACGCAUUGCAAUCAGGAUCUAAGGAAUCAUGUCAAAAAUCCACAUGCUAAGAUAACGUACACUUUGUUGACACGACCUCUUCAGCAUGAUGUCCCUGUAAAUAGAGUGCAAAGACUCCGAACAGUUAUGUAUCUACGAGCAAAUAUCAGAACGGUACAAGCAUUACAAUAUCUUCCUCAAUCGCCUCUCUUGGAAUUGAUUUUGAAUCCUAAAAUUGAGGAAUAUCAAUUGCAACCAAUAGACGAGAAGUUUACAUGUUCUUCACUGGUUACAAAAGACAAUUUAAAUCCAAAACAGCUGGAAGCUGUGUACAGAGUAACGGAAACCGUGUUAAAAAAAGAAGCUAAACUAUGUUUUGUUCAAGGACCGCCAGGGACCGGCAAGUCUAAGGUGAUUGUCAACCUGGUGACUCAAAUAUUAUACGGUGAGCAUACAAACCGGAAAUCUUUGAGGAUUCUAGUUUGCGCACCGUCCAAUGCCGCCAUCGACGAAAUUGUGUUAAGACUUCUAGACAUCAGGUCCAAGUUGAGAAAGAAACGUUUCAACAUGGUACGCAUUGGCCGUUUGGAAUACAUGCAUUCAAUGACUAAACCCAUCUCCGUGACGGAAUUAGCAAAACGACACUUGACGAAAUUGUCACAGGAAGCAGCUUCUUCGGAUAGCGCCGAGGAUAUAGCGAUAUUAGAGGCGCGGAUUAAUGCGCUUCAAACCGAGCUCGCACAUUCUCGGAAUAUGGACGAAAUGAAGAAGAAGGAUUUAACGAGAAAACUAAUGGAAACGACGACGAGACACGAGUUAUUGAAAGGCGGUAAAUCAAUUAAUGAGCUUAGUGCAAAGGACCGCGCCAAAUAUCAACGUAUUACGGAGAAUAUCAUUCUUACGGGCGCCGAUAUAAUCGCUUGUACGCUUUCGUCCUGUUAUACCAAUCAAAUGGAAUCGAUCUUCGGGGGUUUCAAAGAAAAGAUAUCCGUCUGCAUCGUUGAUGAGGCAACGCAGAGCUGCGAAGCGGAGACCCUGAUACCAUUGAUGUUAGGAGUUAGAACCCUGGUUUUAGUGGGCGAUCCAAAUCAGCUGCCUGCAACUAUCUUGAGCCAACAAGCGAAGAAGCUGGGUUUAGAUCAGUCGAUAUUUUCAAGGGUACAGAACGUUUUCGCGUCAAAACAGAACAGUCCUAUAAUAAUGUUGGACCUGCAAUAUCGUAUGGAUUAUUCCAUCUCGUAUUGGCCAAAUAAAUAUUUCUAUGAUGGAAAAUUGAGAAAUGCUGUUGAAUUUAGAAUGAGAUUUCCAUUUCACGCAUACAGACUGUUGGAUCAUGAUUUCAUGCAAAACGAUGAUAAAUUUUCCAACACCGUCGAAGCAGAAUUCGUGGCAAACUUAAUUUUGGCUAUGCUGACAUUUGCAAAUUGGGAGAAUACGAACUCCAGCAUUUCUCUCGGAGUUCUCACGCCAUACAACAACCAAAGAACUCUUAUAUUGAAUAAAAUAAACGAAAAGAUAUUUCCAGUAGCGGAUGAUCUGAAAAAGAAAAUUAACUUUGAAGUUAAUACAGUUGACAGUUUUCAAGGUCAAGAACGAGAUGUUAUAAUUAUGUCUUGUGUGAGAAGUCGUGGAAUUGGAUUUUUAUCAGACAGGCAAAGACUCUGCGUAGCACUCACAAGAGCUAAACACAGUUUGAUAUUAUGUGGAAAUUUCAAUACUUUUUUGAAAGAUCAAAUGUGGAAUGCAUUGGUAUCUGAUGCAAAAAGUCGAGGUGUUUUAUGUCGUGUCAAUGCUAGUGCAACUCCUAAUAUCAUUAAACAAUUCAUCAUUAAAUAGGGAAAGUGUAAUCAAAUUUUGAUAUAUUCAAUAUAUUAUGUAAGCUAUAUUUUUAUAUAUUUUGUAUACAUUUUGUGAAUAUCUAGUUUAGUAUUAGUAUUUAAGUACAUU